GUUUCUGCGGCUGCUGGAUUUAAUCCACGGAAAGUAAAGAGACUGUCUGACAGCGUGACACCGAAGUGGACCAACAACAUCUGCAAAAAUGGUUGAGGCUUUCUGCGCUACAUGGAAACUGGUCGACAGCCAGAACUUUGAUGAAUACAUGAAGGCACUCGGUGUUGGCUUUGCCACAAGACAAGUGGGCAAUGUCACCAAACCAACAGUAGUGAUCAGCCAGGAUGGAGACAAGGUGGUGGUGAAAACUCUGAGCACCUUCAGGAACACUGAGCUCUCCGCCAAACUGGGAGAGGAGUUUGAUGAGACCACGCCUGAUGACCGGCAUGUCAAAUCUACCUUCUCCAUGGAAGGAGACACAUUUGUUCACGUGCAGAAGUGGGAUGGCAAAGAGACCAAAUUUGUCAGAGAAAUCAAGGAUGGCAAGAUGGUGAUGACGUUAAACUUUGAAGGAGUCCAGGCUGUCCGCACAUAUGAGAAAGCCUAACUUUUACCAUCCACUUGAAAGAGCAAGUCAUUCCAGCUAUCAGUGAAGGUGUUUUCCUUAUUAUUAUUUUUUUUUAAGAAAAAAAAGUUUUUAGAGUUUGCUGUGAUUCGCACUUGUUCAAACAUGAGAAGUAUUUUGGGGGUUAUUUUUUUGUAAGACCUUUUGUGAAUGGCCUCAAUAAAAGGGAAAAUAAA